UUCUGACACUACUCAUCAAGAUUACCCCCUAACUUGUGUAUACAAUAUGUCGACCAAUGGGGAAAAAAGAAAAUCGUACAGCCACGAAUCACUUGUCAAGGCUUUAGCUUGUGUAAAGAAUGGCAAAAUGAAUGUAACUGACGCUGCUAAGGUGUUUGAGAUACCUCGUCAAACUCUAAAGGACAAAGUAUCCAACAAAUAUAAACGGGAUAUUAGAGGUCAACCGACACGAUUGACGACAGACGAAGAAACGUAUAUUGUCCGUUAUAUCGAUUUUAUGGCUAAACGUGGUCAUCCCUUAUCUAUUUCGCAUAUCAAAGAUUUUGCGUGGUUUAUUGCCAAAGAAAGUAACCGCACAAGUAAAUUUCGUGAAGAUGUAGGUCCUACUGACAGUUGGUGGCGUGGGUUUAAACGAAGACAUUCGAACUGCAUCACCUUACACAAACCUGAUAACAAAACAAAGGAAAAAAAACUAAAAGUAAUGACAAAGAGUCCGACCGUAACAUCUGAGAAGCUUAGUAACAUGAUAAAAGACACAAAUAAGUUACUAAAGAAAAAGGCGAAAGAAAAACAAGAGCGAGUCAAAGAAAAAAAGAAAAAAACUGAAGUGGCUGAUUCUAAAAAAGAUACAAAAUCAACAUAUUCGCAUGAAUUAGUGGUGGAUGAGGAAAGUGAUAGUAAGACUUCUAUAUCCUCUUCUUCCGAGGAUGAAGUGGAUUCUUUUUCGUCUCCUUCCGAUGAUAAUAGUGACGCCUGAUAUAUACAUAAAAUUUCUUUCGGCAAAAGUUACUUCCCUUUAUUGUAUCGAUCAAUUGAUAAAAUAAGUGUUCUAGAUUUUGAGGUACCUAUAAUUUUUGCCAAUUUUAUGAAGAUUAAUAAAAAUUCCCCAAAAAAGUUGAAUAUUUACCAUAGUUGAAAAAUGACGCAAUAAUCCUGUUUGCUGUCUUUCUUGUAAAUUUUGAAAAUAUAGGCGGAAAAACAAGAAUUGUGACUUAAAAUUCCCUUCCGCAAUCACUUGUUGUUUGUUUAUUUUUAUUGUCUGUGCUAAAUCUCGCGCAUUAGCGGAUUUUUUUUUUCGUGACUGCGUGUAAAUUAGUCAGCCUGUAUAGAUUUACUAAAUAAUUUUUCGCAAUAAAAUCAUAAAAUGGACCAUUUGUGAUAAAGUUUUUUCGUGAAAUAUCUCUUUUUUUCGCAAAAUGCAUUAUUUUAAACUCGCGAAAAUAAGUCGUCGCAAAAAUUGAUAACUUACGACAUUGCUACAGUUCUAUUGUACCGAUUGUUGAAAAUGAAAGUAUGACUAUAAGUGUAUGUAUAUAAAAAAAGAAACAGAAGAAUAAACAGGAAUCCCUGAGUAUGAGAUUAAGAUUAUUAAGCUAAAUUUUUAGCUUUUACAAAGAGCGUUUAUUUUUCGUGACUCCCUCUGAAUUGGAUUUAAGAACAUUAAAUAUACAUGCUUCUAUCUUGGAGUGCUUUGAAUUCAAUAAAAAUGAUUUUUUGUCUAAAGAUGCAUAUCAGGUAUUUUGAUUAGGCUUAACUUCAGGGAAGAAAUUUUUGCGCACACUAGAGAGGCCUGGGAGGAAAUUUUCGCCGGAAAAAAUCUUUGGGAAUCGUAGAUCUAAAAAUUAAUAUUUGCGUUUUGACCUCUUAUUUAGGAAUAAAAAAAUGAUGACAAGAAUUUUUUAUUUUUGAAAUAACGUGAGGUAUAUGACAUAUGUAACAGAUUCAAAAAAUGAA